UCUAAGACAACAGCUCCUACUUCUACCACUGCUUCUAAGACAACAACUCUUACUUCUACCAUUGCUUCUAAGACAACAACCCCUACUUCUACCACUGCUUCUAAGACAACAGCUCCUACUUCUACCACUGCUUCUAAGACAACACCUCCUACUUCUACCACUGCUUCUAAGACUACAGCUUCUUCCUCUAGCACUGCAGCCAAGACUACCACUGCUCCCAAUUGUAAUACUGUACCAAAGACCUCAACAUCCAGUUCUACCAUUAUCACUAAAACUUCAACACCUUCCUCUGUCUCUGCUCUUAAAUCUCCAAUGCCCAAAGUUGUUUUAACUGGUUCCAAACCAGCAAUACCUAGCAUCAUUUCUGAUCCCAAAACAACAGUUUCCAGUUCUAAAUUUGAUGUGAAAAGUUCAAUGUUGAGCUCUACAUCUGGCAGUGAAGCAGCAACGCUGAGCAGCACAAGCAGUGACAAGACACUUGAGCCUAAUGUGACAUCUGGUAUCAAAAGAAAAGCUCCUAGCUCCAUUUCUAAUGUCAAGAGACCAGCACUUAGCUCUUCUAGUGUUGAAAAGAAGCCUGCGUCUAGCUCUACCUCUAAGAUAGCUUCCAGUUUUAUCAAAGAUUCUGAGGCAUCUCCCAUAUCAACUCCUGAGGUUACCCUAAUUUCUGGUUCAAAAUCUUCACCAGUUACUCCUACCUCUAGUCUGAAUACUCCAGCUACCAAUUCUACUAAUGGCAUUAAAAUUCUACCUCGUAGUUCUGCUACUGGUGCUCUAGCUUCUAGUUCUGCUGUUGUGACUGACACUCCAGCUUCCAGUUCUAUUGAAACUGACACUGCAGCUUCUAGUUCUGCUAUUGAUGCCCCAGCUUCCAGUUCUGCUACAGCUAGUGACACUCCAGUUUCUAGUUCCGCUACUGGUUUUGACACUCCUUCUCUUAGUUCUACAGUCAGUGUUGAUACUACAGAUGCAAAUUCUACUUUGAGGAACAGCUUCCCAAGUGGUGAGAAAAGUUCUCGUGUCUCUUCUCUUCCAUGUCAACCAUCAACUGACAACUCUUCUCUGAACAAAAGUCCAUCUUCAGGUAAUUUUGGGCCAAGUUCCUCUUCAGUUCCCCCAUCUGUCUCUGUUAGCAUUUUUGAUACCAAAAUGCCUCACUCUUCUGUUUCAUUAACUCCCAUAACAAGCUCCUCCUCUAGUAUCAACACCACACUUUCAUCAGAUAUAAUAUCAUCACCAAACUCUGUCUCUACAGAACUUGCAUCAUCCACCAGUUCAAAAAUGUCUGCUGUUGUUGUCUCCUGUCAGAAUACUUCAUCCUCCUCCUCUUCAAAUGUAAAUUCUGAAAUCUCUGACCCUAAAUCUCCCUCUUCUACCUUCUCUUCUAACUCCAUAUCCCCAGCACCUAUUUCAUCAUCUGUUCAGUCAUCUUCAGAAUUAGCUUCCUCAUCAAAUCAAGUUGUAAUUGAGUCUGAUUCACCUUCUCAAUCUAAAUUAGGUAAUCACUCCUCCAAAUGCACGUCUAGCUUACCUUCCAUUAAGUCCCCAAGUAGGAUGUCUCCUAUAGAAACUAAGUCAUUAACUUCAUCUGCUCCCUCCUCUAGUGUUUCAACAUCAUCAGAUUCUGUUACUUCAUCUCAUUGUGCCAAAGAUUUAGUUCUUUCGUCUGAAGUUAAAUCAGCCCCGUCACCAAAUAACCCAACUUUAAUGUCAUCAACUUCUGUCACUACCAACGAACCAACCCCAUCCUCUGUUCUUUCCAAAGAGUUUGUUCCAUCUUCAUCUGUUUCAUCUGAGACAGCCCCAUCUUCAUCUGCUUAUUCUAAGAAACCAAAAGCCACUCCAGUAGCAAGCUCUAAGACAUCAGUUUCAUCUUCUACUAAAAGAAUACUACCAUCAUCUUCUAAUAAUAUAACACAAACUCCCAGUUGUAGUCCUGUUGAGUCUUCAGACUCACUCCACUCUGCUAGUAAACCAUCAAGGUCUUUGUCACCAUCAUUUGAUGCCAAAUCCCCUGUGCUUUCUUCUUUGUCUAGUGUCAAGUUGCCUGAGCCUUCAUCAUCAUCAUCAUCAUCUGGUGCUAAACCACCAGGUCCAUCUUCAUCAUCAUCAUCAUCGUCAUCAUCUGACACUGAUUUGCUAGGACUUUCAUCAUCAUCAUCAUCAUCAUCUGACAGCAAGCUUCCAACACUGUCAUCAUCUAAUGACAUUGUACCAACAACAGUAUCACAAUCAAUUGAAUGUAAACUUGAUUCACCAUCAGUGACACCAAUAUCUUCUACUUUCCCUCCAUCUCCAACGCCUUGUUCAUCUACAAAUCACAGAUCUCCUCCACACAGUCAAAAAUUGCCAUCUCCUUCAUCAUCAACUGACUUUUCAGAUUCUAAUGUAAUUACCCCAUCAUCUAAUAAAUCUGAUUUGCCAAUUGUGGCAUCAUCAGCUUCUGAAUCAGUGUCCCUAUCAGCAUCAAUUGAUGAAGACUUGAUGAUGUCUUCAGAACUGUCAUCUAAUUUAGUUGAAUCAACUAGUAAUCAGAACACUUCUUCACAUCCUGUUGAACCCAUUCACACUACAUCUUCCUCUUCUCUAACAGAAGAUGCCCAUUUACAUUCAUCAUUACCUUCUGAGUCCUCAUGUUCUUCUCUAGAACAUCCUGAGCAGUCAUCAGCAACUCCUAUUUCAUCAUCGGUACAAGACCCUAUCAAGGUGCCUGUGUCAGCCUCCUCCUCCUCUUCAUCAUCAUCAUCAUCAUCUGCAGAAGUAUCCAACUCUCAGUCAUCAGCCCCAGUUUCCUGUGUCAAAGAGUCACCAAAAUUAAUUAACAGUGCUGCUGACUCUCUAUCUCCUACUUUAGACACUGCUUCUCCUUCCAACAUGGUACAACAGACAUCUGUUGCUUCAACUCCUUGCCUGUCUAGCAAAUUGCCUUCUAAGUUAAAAUCUUGUUCAUCAGCUGAAUCCUCAUCAUCCUCCUCCUCAUCAUCAUCAUCAUCAUUAUCAACAUCAGAUUUAGUCAUUUCUGUAAACAGUAGUUCUAACAUUCCAGUUUCACACAAAGUUUGCAACUCUCCUAAUGUGGAUACAGGCCUUAAACCCUCCCUUUGUGAAGAUGAACAAAAUGCUUUGGAAAGUUUAGUGAACAGUAAAACUGAAAGUGAUUUGACUAAGGAAAUGACAGAGAAUUUAGAACCUGAAAACACCAGUACUAGUCAGAAAUCAGAAGAGGAUGCACAACUACCUGGUACUUGUGUUGAGGAGAAACCUAGUGAAAAUAAUACUGAAAUCAAAACAACUUCUGUGAGUUCUGACACUCUUGGAGCUGAACAAUUGAUUUCCAAUACUAGAAGUGAUGUGAAUGAAGGCCAACCAGUUAGUUGCAGUGAUGUUGCUAGCCAGCCAUCAGAUUUUAAAUGCGAGUUGGCUAAUUCUGAUGACACUGAAGUUAGCAGAUUAUUAUGUGGUGGUAAAAAACCUGUUGGUGAUGUGACAGAUGCUCCUCAGAAGUCUUGUGACAUUAAAUGCGACUUGUCUGUAACAGAUGACAUUAAAACUGAUGAGAAUUUCAAUUCACAGACUCUGUUUGAAGACACUGAUCGACCAGUAAUGGAAUCUGAUGUAAAAGAGGAUAAAAAUUUGGAAAGUGGAGAGAAAGAAUGUGCCUCAUCAGAGUCUCAAACUGAAAUAAAAACUGAAAAAUCUACUUCUAUUAAGACUUACAGUUCAUCCAAGGUUGAUAUUAAGACAGAUUCAAAAGUGAAGUGUGAGGUAGAGGAGAAAAGUGAGGUUGAAAUUUCUUACAAUAGUCAGUCCAAAUCAACUAUUAAGGAUGACAAUUCUGACGUUUGCAAGAAUGAGAAACAAGAGCAAGUAACCUGUGAGGAAGAUGACUCGCAAAGUUUUAAUAAAAGCAGUAAAUGUGAAGAGCUAGCAUUACAACUGCAGGAAAAUAGUUGCCAUUCAGAAGAAUCGACAGACUCUGGCAGUCGAAGGCUACGUGGAAGACCCCGAAAGACCAGUACAGAGACUGUCUCAACUGAACAAAUGAAAACCCAACUAUUGAACCCUGGAAAUAUUAUAAACUUACGCCUUCGCCGAGACCGUCCAUCCGUAAAGAAUGGGAAAUGUAAACACUGUUGCUGCAAAAAACGCUGUCAGGCCAGCUGUGUUCAGAACAAGUGUAUGGGUUGUAUUUUAGAUGGCAAUUCAAUAUGUCGUUGUAGUUUAAAAGAAAGCUUGAUGAAGAAUAUUCAAAGUAUAGCUUUGUCAGUUAAUACAAUGUGCAUGAAUUGUCAUGGAAAGAACAAAAGAUCUGUUCGGGCUUGCAAGCGGAAACGCUCACCAAGUCCACAACCAAACAAACGACGUAGUGUUCUGCAAAGUCAAGUAAAACCCUCCACUACAACAAAUCAAAAAUCAUCCAAAAAUUCCUCAAAAGUAUCUAGAACAAACUUCAAAACCAAACUGACUACAACUCCUCACAAAACAAUUGCCAAAUCACCCCACAAAAAAUCCCUAACAAAAACCCCUUCUAAAAAAGUAAUUGAAGUUGAAUUGAAAAAAAUAUCUCGAGAACCUUCUAAGCAAAAGGAACCCAGAUGUAAAUUAAAGAAAAAGCUAAGUGUCAAUCUUUUGAAAGAAAACCCUGUUGUCUCUCUGAAGCAAAUGAGCUCAUUAGAGUCUCUGUCGGUUAGCCAGACAAGUAAAAAGGAGGAUAGCACAAAGCAUGUAUCGACAAGGCGUUCGCUGAGGAGUAGAAAGUCUCUUGAUGAAAGUACACCAGUAUUGCAACAGAUGCGCCGAUCAAAGUCGGAACAAAAGCUUGAUUCGAAUAAUGACAGUGCAUCAAAAUACCAAAUUGAUUUGGCUCUUACAGACAAUAUGAAUGAUACAAAGAUCAAUUCUAAACUUUCACAAGACCAUCUCAGGACAAAUAGCAAAAGCAAUGCAGCUCAGCCAUGCUGUAGUACAGCAGAUGAUUGUUGUAGUACAUGUGCUGACAACUUUAAUAAAAAAUUUGUAGAUAAUCGUGCUCUAAAAGAACUGCGGCAGCGUGUUAAACUUGGACCUUUUAAAUGGGACUUGGAGGAAUCAGAUACUGGUGGACGAGCUCACACGAAUGACGAAUCUAAUAAAUCUAAUAAUGCAAAUACUGUGUCAACUUGCAACACCAGUGUAUCUAAUACAAGCAGUAGUAGUAGCUCUUCUAAGGUAUCAGAAAAUACCUCACAAGUAUCCCAGUUAACUCCCUCCUCUUCUGCAUCAUCAUCAAGUAGUAUGGAUGAUGAACUUGUGAAAACAUCCAUGACCCCACCAAUCAGGACUUACUCUAGAACCCAGUCCCCAACUUCUCGGAUCCGUGUUGGCCGAACAUACAGUAAAGCAUCUGACUAUCAGGCCCUUCCCCCUGGGGUAAUACCCAUUGUAGACUGUCUGCGAGCAUCAUCACGCAGUUCAGCCAGUCACCUCUGUGACAUGCCUCGUGUACAUGUAGUACGAGUAGAUAAAAAGGGCAACAUGUUUGAAACUCGAGAACCUUACCCUCUGCCCAGAACACCUGUGGACACUGACAUAAAUCGUAGUGUACUUGAUGAGGAAAAAGUUUCUGGCCAAAGGUGGAAACUGCAAAGAACUAAAAUGAAAACAGAUGGCUAUCCAUUUAGUUUUAAGAAAACACGAAUUCAAUAACUACAGUGCAUUGAUUAGGAUAUUCUUUAAUUAACUACUUAUUGUGAUUUUACUAUUUGUUUUUGUUUUUCUUUAUAUUCCCUUUUUUUUUUUUCUGUUACCCCUUUCAUUUUACUUCAAUUAAAUAUUUAUAUGGAAGAAUUCACUUGCUAAAACGUUUUUAAAAAAAAAUAAAUAAGUUUUGAAAUCUUGUUAAAUUACUAAAUUGCUUUUGAUAGUUUAAUUUGAUGAGAGAAACUAUCUGGGGAUAAUAGUCAGGCCAUCUUUAAUUUAUUGUCAGUAAAGUUUGACUACCUUCUUUACUUGAAAUACACUAAUGAUUGCCAACCACUCAGCUUUCUUCUUACUACUAUUAUUAUUAUUAUUAUUAUUAUUAUUAUUAUAUUUUUAAAGAUGUAUUUAUCCCCCAUUGCCUUUCAAUAAAUUAUUCUGAUUUUUGAGUGGGGAGUUUUUUGUUAGUCUAGAACAAGCAUUUUAGUUGACAAGCAAUAGACAAAAUAUCACCUCACCCUUGUGUAAAUAAAUGGAAAAAAAAAUUGUAAACACUUGUCUGUUGACAGAAGUAUCAGCUGCAAGUAAUUUUGUCUGAAAAAGCAGAUAAAGAUACGUCUUUGUAUAUAGUUUUUUUUUUUCUUUUCUUUUUUUUUUUUUUUUUUUUUUUUUUUUUUUUUUUUCUGGAACAUAAUCUGAUCUUUGCUGCUGGUCUCACUGAGUUAAUCUGUAUGAUCAAUUGUAUUGUGUAUGUAAAUAUAACACACUCACCCUCUUGCUUUUUCUCUGGGCUAAAAAAUUUUGUUUCUUUUGUUGCCCUCCUCAUUUGUAUAAGAAAGUCAUCUAUUCCUAGAUUCACCUUCUCCGACAUUUCAUACAAAUAAUGAUCAUGCGUCAAAUUUAAUUUUAAUAAUUCUGAUUGGAGUUUCAAAAUUCAUCCAAAUAAUGCUAGCAUGGGUAGCUGGCUGUAGUUAUUAAUGAUUUUAAUAGUUCCAAUAAUAUAAUUAAUAUAAAUAAUAAUAAUAGUGAUGUGGACAGCAGAAUUGGUAGUAUCUGAUAAAAUAUCUUGCAUUUUGUCAUGUUCUGACUUCAAAUCUUCCUCAGAUCAACUUUGUUGUUUAUCUUUUUGUCUAAGGUCAAUUAAAUAAGUAUUGAUUUAUAAAUAAUGGUGUUGAUGUAAUUCUGCUAAGCAUGGCCAUAUAUACACACACACACACUCACAUUCCAUUGAGUGAAACUAGUAAAAUAACGAUAAUGUUUCUAGCAGACACACAAGGCCUGAGAUUUGUGGAUGGAAAUUAACUCUUUAGCAUUCAGAUUACUUUGUGAAAUGUGAUGCUUAUUUAUUGACAUUGUUUUGAAUCGAUCAUGCAUUAUCUCAUAGCUUUGAGAUUUUGAUGAUGAUUGGUUAUUUUAAAAAUGACAUUGUAGGGUAGGUGUGAGAUGCCAGGUCUGGCUGAUUUGAGGAUAAAUCAGGUAGAAUAUUAGGAUCGGAUAUGGCUGGUUUAAAUGCUAAAGGGUUAACCAAUAACAUCAACCUCAGCGCUUUGCUGGUACUCCAUUUUAUGCUAAUAAUUAGCGUUCAGAUUAACUUGCCAAAAGUAAUCCUUAUUUAUUCACAUUAAAAAAAAAUUAUCUGAUAUUAUUUUGUAGCUUCAAGAUAGGAAAGAUGUAAUUGCUUAUUUUUAGAAUGACAUUGCAGGGUAGGUGUGAGAUGCUGGUUCUGGCCAGUUUGAGUAUAAAAUGUGUAGAAUAUCUGGGCCGGAUACAGCCAGUUUAAACACUAAAGGGUUAAGCACGAGGUCAUUGAUUUUGAAGGGAAAAAGUUAGUCAACACCAUAUGUAACUGGUACUUUAUUUUAUUAACUCCUGAGAAAUGAAAGGCAAAACUGACCUACAUGAGAUAUGAGCUCAAAAUGUAAAGAGUUGGAACAAAUACCAUAUGGUAUUUCUCCUACACUCUAACAAGUCUACCAGCUCAUCACCGUAAUAAUUAUAAUAAUAUUGAUUACAUACAGAGAAACACUUCCUCAGAUGAAAACUUCAGAUUGUAAUGUGUUUAUAAUUGAAAUGAAACAAUAGCAUAUAACACGAACCAGCCUCUAAUAUAGUCACUUAAACUGUUAGAAAGAACAGCCAAAUUUCUCUUGAAUCACACUCUACCAUUUAAAAUAGAAAAUAUAUGCUGAAUGUUGUUGUCCUAAGUUGUAUACCUGGGGGUUGGGAACCAAGACAAGAUGAGUAUGGCUAGAAUGAUUUUGAUCAUAGAUCUAUUUGGAUACGGUCGAACUGUGUCCUGAGCACCCGCAUGUAGCAUUUGAAACCAAUUUGUAGAUUCACAAGGAACUUAACUUCUGACAACCCUUGCCAUAUUGAUAAUACUGAUCGUGUUUAACAAUGAAUGAAAGUUAACAAAAGGCUCUAUGUAACACUAAGGUCAUAAUGUUUGUGUUAGUAGGAAUUAAUAUAUUUGUAAUAUAUAUAUAUAUAUAUAUAUAUAUAUAUAUAUAUAUAUAUAUAUAUAUAUAUAUAUAUAUAUAGAUACUUGUUUAUUUAUCAUUGAUGAACUCAAGCAGCUAAUAUGUAUGAAAUUCAGCUCUUUUUAAAUGCCUUGUUUUGCAGCGUUAAUUUCUCUCUCUUUCUCUCAUACAUGUGUGAGAGGUUGAAAGUUCACAAGCAGCUUCAUAUUCUCAGUGAAACUAUUAAUUGCUUCAAAAUAGCUAUAAACUCUUGUAUUGAGUAUGUGUAGUUUGUAAACAUAAGCAUUUAUCUAAUUACAUAUAUUUAUUUGUUCAGUGUCUAUUUUAGCAUGCUAGCAUGGCUUAGAUGAGGAGAGGUAUUCAAGGCAGGAUUUUUACAAUUGAAAGCUCUUUUUGGUACCAAUCAAUCCUUGUUUUGCUAGUAAGGGGAUUUUUUUUUUCCCCUUGAACAAUUGAAAAGCACAAAGCAUGAAGACAAUUUGUUGAUAGAAAAUGUCAACAAACCUCACUGUUUAUAACUCACAUUUGUUGUUGGCACUCCAUCGCUUACGAUGUCGAGGGUUCCAGUUGAUCUGAUCAACGGAACAGCCUGCUCGUGAAAUUAAUGUGCAAGUGGCUGAGCAUUCGGGGAUAUUCAGCGUGACACAGUGUGACAAGGCUGGCCCUUUGAAAUACAGGCACAAUAGAAAGAAAGAGUGAGAGAAAGUUGUGGUGGAAGAGUACAGCAGGGUUUGCCACCAUGCCCUGCCGGAGCCUCGUGGAGCUUUGGGUGUUUUCGCUCAAUAAACACUCACAAGGCCCGGUCUAUAUAUAACAAGGUGUUGGCCAGUGUGGGGCUUUAGUACAGAUACUUUCCUAAGAUGUUACACUGGGGCUGAGCCCAAAGCCACAACGUUGAGGUAUGAUCUUCUUAACUCCACAGCCUUUAAUGUAAAAUCUCUAAUUAAUUCUACUAUAAAUUUCUUCAAUUAAGAUCUCUUAGAAACUAUAACAUUAAUUUUUUUUUUUUAAGCUAACAGAAAUAAAAGUUGUAAACUGUAUUUUGGUUAAGAUAUUUGAUGACUACCUUUAGUUGCAUUAUUAUUUUAUGAUUAUAUUUGAAAUGAUUAUUCUUAUUGGCAGAACUAAUAGAAAGGCAGACUAAAUGCCUUCCAGUACUUACACCCCUUUCUUAGUUGGUUAAUAUCCCACUGCAGUGAACUUUACACUUUAUCGCUCUGUGGCUGCUAAAACAAAGUGUUAGUCAAGUUUAAGGCUGAUAGUUUUGAAUGUAUCUCUCCUUGCCUCCCAAAAUAUCUAGCCUUGUGCCUUGUAUCAACUUCACAAUUUUCCAUUGUCUCCUUUGUAGCUCUUAACAUUUCAUGCCUAUAAAAUAUAUUUUCAUCAUUUGUAAGAUCUUAUCUAUAUGGCAUUUCUGUAACAAAGUCACAGCAGUCCAAUAACUGGAGCCAGUAAAAAAAAUUGUAUUUGUGUGUGUGUGUGUGAAAUUAGUGUUUUAAAUGCAUAAAGUAACAUACUUAAAAACCUAUAUAGAUACAAGCAUUCACUGAACAAAGAACUCUAUAUAGAGUCGAAUAUUUAUUAUAAGACUGUUGGCAGUUAUUUCAAAAUAGCUGUUAACUCUUAUUAUCAUUGUGUGUUUGUAUAUUCAUGCAUGUAUGUUGAUAGUGCUUCUCCAUGGACAGCCCACAGGCUAAAAUUAGUAAGAGAAUAUGUUUAGGAUAUAAAAUAUCCCUUCUGUAAGGCCUAUUAGCAAUGAGUAUAAAUUUAAAUUAAGUAUAUCAAUAUAUUAAGCAUGCUUUCUGGCGUUUUAUGAUGACAAUGUGUUUGAUUUGUGUGUAUGGAAACAAAAAUCUCCAAUUUCCUCACACUCACCAACAUGAGAGAGCCUUCACAUGUCUGUUUGACCUGCUAGAUAUAGCAGCCACAUCUUCCUCGAAUCACACCCUAUCAUAUGACAUACAAACAGGAUAUAUUAGAAAAUGUAAUCCUAAAGUGAUGGGAUUGUCAUGGCUGGAAUGUCUGUGAUCAUUGAUUGAUCUGGAACUAAACAACAAUGAUAUAUAUUUCUCUAAUAUAAUCUAUAAAAUAACUGGAAAAAAAAACAUUAUAAAUCUCAUCAAAAUGUUCUUGAUAUAUUCUAGCAUCUAAGUGAGGAUUUUUUUUUUUUUUUUUUUUUUUUUUUUUUUUUUUUUUAAUAGCCAGCAGUAAAGGUCUUUUAGACAUCAUGGCCUUAGCCAUGAUGUCUAAAAAAAAUCAGAGAUCAUUCAUUUGUAUAUUUUGUUUUAGCAUUUAGUUGGUUUUAUUAAAAAAAAAACACUUUUUCUUUUUGCAUUAUGAAUGACAAAACCUGGAUCUACACAAGUUAUGUGAAGAAAAAUGAGUGUGUAUAUGUACGUGUGUGUGUGUGUGUAUGUAUAUAUAUAUAUAUAUAUAUAUAUAUAUAUAUAUACACACACACGUGCACACAGACACAUUUAUAUACUCACACAUGUAUAUAUGUAUAUAUAUAUAUAUAUUUACACUCAGACAGUCGUAUAUAUGAAAAUUCUGUAAAUUUUGUUUUUUUAAAUUCCCUAUCCCUGUUUCCCAGCAAAUUGUAUGUUCUAAUCUGCCAUGGUACUGUGUUAAUAUUUCACUCUGUACCACCUGUUUCAGACUGAUUGAAAAUAAAAAUAUUCAUUUAUCAUAAUAAACCUCUGAAAUAUAUAUA